GUGGUAAAAAAACGGUCUCCAGAUGGAAAUCGGCCUGAUUACGCUGGCCCUCGUGGUCGGGCUGGUCGUGGCGGCCUACUGGUACUUCACGAAGAACUACUUCUACUUCGCCGACAAGCCCAUCCCGUUCGAGAAGCCGUCAUUUCCUUUCGGUAGCGCAGCACCGUUGAUGAUGAGAAAGGUGACACUAUUUGAGCAUUUUAAAAAUCUCUACAAUACCUUUCCCAACGCAAGAAUAUCCGGGACAUUCAGCUUGCGUACACCGUCGUACAUAGUGCGUGAUCCGGACAUGAUAAAACAGAUCACGGUGAAGGAUUUCGACCACUUCGUCGAUCACAUGUCGAACGGGAUCGAGGAGUCGGAAAAUAACAAACACAUGCUGUUGAUCAACUCGCUCGUUUCCCUGCGUGGUCAGAAAUGGCGGGACAUGCGGGCGACACUUAGCCCGGCCUUUACCGGAAGCAAGAUGCGCCUGAUGUUUACACUGAUCGCCGAAUGUGGCCAGUCGAUGAUCAAGUACUUCCAAGCGGAAGAGCAGAAGGCUCGCACAUCCGGUGGUACCGGGCUACAGCUGGAGCUGAAAGAUGUUAUGUCACGGUUCGCGAAUGACGUUAUUGGAACGGCCGCCUUCGGCAUCAAGGUAGAUUCGUUCCACGAUCCCAACAAUCAGUUCAUCACGAUGGCACGUUCGAUCACGAACCAGGAGUCGCUUGUUAGAGCACUGAAGAUGAUCGGUUUCACCUUUAUGCCCAAGCUUAUGGUACGGUUGAACAUUGAUUUUCUGGCGCCCGAAGAGGAUAGCUUCUUCCGGGACACGAUCCUGGAGACGAUGCGUACGCGACAGGAGAAGGGAAUUUUCCGACCGGACAUGAUCGAGCUGUUGAUGCAGGCGAAAAAGGGCAGUCUCAAGCAUCAGCAGGCGGACGAGCAGAAGGAGCAAGCGGAAGGAUUCGCUACCGUGGAAGAAUCAAAGGUUGGUCGUCGAUCGCACGAUCGCGUCUGGACAGACAGUGAGCUGGUAGCUCAAGCGUUUAUAUUCUUCUUCGCCGGUUACGAAACGAUCUCGUGGACGUUGUCCUUCGCACUGUACGAGCUGGCCAUCGCUGAAGACAUUCAGAAGCGUCUGUACGAGGAGCUGUACGAAACGGAACAGGCUCUCGAGAGUGGCCAGUCCCUGAGUUACGAGAAGCUGCAAUCGUUGCCCUACCUGGACAUGGUUGUCUCAGAAACGCUGCGGAAGUGGCCCAUCGGAACGCUACUGAAUCGCGAGUGUGUCCGAGAGUACCAGUACGAUGACGGUCAUGGCGUGAAAUUUACGAUGGAGAAAGGCGCCCUCGUCUUCAUUUCCAUCAUUGGAAUGCACUACGAUCCGAAGUACUUCGCCGAUCCUGAACGCUUCGAUCCGGAGCGGUUUAAUGAGGAAAAUCGAAAGAAAAUCCAAAGCGGGACGUACCUCCCGUUUGGAGCGGGGCCACGUAAUUGUAUCGGAUCCCGGUUUGCUUUGAUGGAAGCGAAGGUGGUACUCUACUAUCUUCUGCUACAUUUCCGCGUGCUUCCCUGUGCCAAGACGCAGAUUCCGUUGAAGUUAAAGAAAUCGUCCACGCAAUUUGCCACCGAACAAGGUGUCUGGUUAGAGUUCCAAUCACGAACGAGCUAGAAAAUCGUACUACACGAGAAGGUGGGGCUACUUCCGCGUGUGUUAAGCAACGACAGUUUAGGUAGAAACACAAUAAACA